AUGGAGAAUGUACAUCUGGCAGUGGAGGAGGAUGAUCUUUAUUCGGGUUAUAAUGAUUAUAAUCCAACAUUUGACUCCGAGGUGAGUAGGCAGCUUCACGUUAAGAGCUAUUUCUCGAACUGUUAGUUUAUCCAUGUAGGUUCACUUUGACUGAGUGUCAAAUACUCUUAAUUCUUCCUAAAAACUCUCAAAAAAGAUGGGGGCUGGUAAAAAGAUAGAAACAUAGAUAAGUGUUUCUCCUUCAUAGUUGUGCUAUGACAUUGUGAAUUGGGGUUGUAGAGAUAAAACUACUUAUUGAUCCAUUUGCAGGAGCUGGACAACGAUGUGGAUUUCCAACAAGCUGUAAGGACAAGUCAUGGAAGAAGGCCCCCGGUGAGCACUACCUGAGUGAGAAUAGAAUAUAAGAAGCCUCUAUUUACUUUAAAUUUUUAAAUUAUGUGAUGUCUUCUUCUAUUUUAGAUGACUGCAAAAUUUCCUGGCACUGCCAUCGGCCCCCGAACCAUAGGCUCAUCAUUUGGAGUAAGUAAAAUAGAAAUAAAUCAGUUUUUAUAACAUUGAUUUAAAGACUUGGCCUACCAGACUUUCUCCAGUGUGACUCCUUUGUUAAAAGUUGCACAAUUUAGCUAUAAAUAUACAAAAGCCUUGAACACCAGUACAUUUCAUUUGCCCUCUUGCCUCAUAAUAUUCAGUUGAAAUCAGUUUCCCUUUAUUUUAACUUAGCACUUCAAGCACUCCAAGAUUAAGCUACUCUGAUAAAAUAUUGUUGUCUGAUAUUUACAUGAUAUUCUAUUUCACCUGGUAAACAUAGCUGAAUUACAAGAAGCUGAAUACAGAGAUUUGAUAAGAGCCUUCAGUGACUGGAGUCACAAAAACUGCCUCCUCCUCAACACCUCAAAGACAAAGGAGAUGGUCAUAGACUUCUGUAGAUUCAAACCCCCUCUUCAGCCAGUGAACACCUGUGGAGUGGACAUCGAAGUGGUGACUUCAUAUAAAUACCUAGGUGUACAUCUGGAUAAUAAGUUGGACUGGUCUAAGAAUAUAGACUUCAUCUACAGAAAGGGGCAGAGUCAAUAGACAUCGGUAGUAAGAUGCUGCAGAUGUUUUAUCAGUUUGUGGUGGCAAGUGUCCUGUUCUACGCUGCAGUCUGCUGGGGAGGAAGCAUCAAACACAAAGAUGCAAGACGUCUGAACAAACUGGUGAGAAAGGCUGGCUCUGUGGUUGGACUCAAGCUAGACUCAGGUGGAGAGAUCUACACUGAGGAAGGUGGAGACUAUUCUUAAGAACAUGGAUCACCCACUUCACAACACCUUGAUGGACCAAAGGGCCAAUGGUGGUGGACAGCUCCUUUCUCUUUGCUGCAGGACAGAAAGAUUCAGAUUUUUUGUACCCGUAGCCAUUAGACUUUUAACUCUUGUGUAAAUAGUAGAUAACGUUUUGAGACAACAGACAAUUGAAUUUCCCUUCGGAGAUUAAUAAAGUUCUUCUUCUUCUUCUUCUAAUUUACCUCAUUGUUUCAUGAAGUCUCGGGUCCCUUUGGCAUCUUCGAUGGGCAGACCGAUGACUGGAGCAGUGCAGGUGAGCAGGGUCUUAGUUUACAACAGGACAUUAUCAUGUGUUUAACAAAAAUUCUCAUAUCUUGUUUUAUAAUGUAAAAUACUUUUUAGAGAAAAUUAUGAAUCCUUUUAAGCAACAAUCCUAGUGUACUGAAUGAUGCAUCUCUGCCUUUUUUAAAAUGUGACAGGAUGGAGCAGCUCGACCAAUGACUGCAGUCAGAGCAGCAGGUUACACCUCCUCCAUGGUCCGUGGUGAGUUUAAGGGAAUCACACACAGAUCCUGUCUUAUAAAGUCACUUUGAUAAUGGACGUCUGAUCAACGUCUUGAUGCCGCCGAUACCGACCCAAUACUGACUUGAUCUGCACGUCUUUUCGACGUCUGAUGUUUGGUGGGUAUAAACAUAGACAGUUACACUGGUAAUUAUUGGUAUGAUCUGUGUUUUCAGGCUCGAAUUUUGACCCUCUAGGCCAGUCUAAGGGCCCUGCUCCUCCACUUGAAGCAAAAACUGAGGACACGUGAGUUGAAAUCAACUUAUGUGAUGCAAUCAUUCUGUUUUAAACAACCCUUUAAUCAUCAUUCAGACUAUUUAAGCAACACAGUUCCACAUUAAACGUGAUUUAGAAGCUGCUGUUUCUGUGGUCUUGCAGGCCUGAGGAGAAGAUCAAGAUCCUGGAGAAGAAAGUGAAUGACCUGAUAGAGGAGAGCUGCAUGGCACAGAGCAUUGGAGCUUUUCAGCUGGUGAGAUUCCUCAACAUACUAUUUAAUAAUAAUGGCUUCUUGAAGUUAAAGAAAAAGGCUUUCAAAAUAAGUAAUAAAAAGUGGCUACAUUUUGAUAGUUGGAGCAGUCUAGCUAGUACAAAAGAUUCAUUAUCUGACUGUAAUGUAUGCCACAUAGAUUUCUACCAGGUUCAUCACUGUCAUGAAGCUCUUAAUUUGCCAGGACAAAGUUUACUUUUGUCUGUUGAAUAUAUUUUUAAGAUUUAACCUCUUGGCCCAAAGUAGCAACCCAUUAUUUUUUUCUUUUGAGUGCUCCUCAAUCUGGUCAGAUGAACAGUAUUUAUGCGCAGAAAGAGAAGUCUGCUUUUUAGUUUCAUUGUCAGUUUUGGACUCUGAUAUUGGUGCCAGUGCCUUUUUGUGUGGGCAUAUGAAUGUUUUUGCACUGAAUUUUCUGUGUUUGUAACUGUGCAUGUGAUGUGUUAUCCUUCCACAGGCUCUUGAAAAAGCGAAGGAGGCCGGGAGGAUGGAGCGAGCACUUGUGAGACAGAGGGAACAGUCAGGGAGUGGGGAUCACAUCAACAUAGACCUCACCUAUUCAGUAAGACAAAAAAAAGACUGUGACCACUGUUCAAUUAUUAUUCAAGUGUCCCUCAAUGAGCAUGUACAAUAUUUCCUACUUUCUGAAAUGACGCUACAUUUAAAUGACCUCCUUUUUAAAACCCGCCCUUCUAACUGUUACUUUAUUAGCAUGUUUUAGAAGUUGAAGAGUUUUGACCUACAGUAUAUUCCUAUUCAUUUCAGAAAUUCCCUCUCAAUGAAAGAGCUUCUCCUUUCAGUUGGAGGAAAAGUGCAGAUGUUGACACAAGUUCAAUGCUCUUAUUUCUGUGCAAUCAGUGUCAGGUUUUACGAAAAAAAAACUGAAUUAAUCAUUAUUGAUCUUCUCUACAAUAAUCUUAGUUUAACUAUUAAAGCAUUUAUUUUUAUUCUGUUAGCAAUGAUUAGAAUACUAUAAGUUCUUUACAAGCCGUUUUAUUCAUUUUCACUGGAGAGGAGCUAUUUUAUAACAUCAAAAUCAUCUCAUGUUGAUGUUUCAAAUUAUUUCUGCAGAAGCAGUAUGUCAUGUCCUUCUUUAAAUUCUCUCAGUAUGUUGCUUUUAUCUUUCUUGCUGUUAUGUAAAGAUUCAAAUAUUCUUACUUAUUUUCGUAGUAGAAAGAGAGUCACAGAGAGGGAACUAUCUUGCAGAAGUUGAAGCUGCAGGAAGUAAACAUCACUAACCUAGGUGGACACAUCAGGGAGAGAAGAUUUAGAAUGGCAAGGACAGGGAAAACUUAACUGGGUUAGCUUUAUUUCCUGUUAACUUUUAUUGAAUUUAAAAAACAAUAAAUUGUUUUUCUGUUAUGACUAGGUUUUGCUCAACCUUGCCAACCAGUAUGCAAACAAUGAGAUGUACCCAGAGGCCCUAAACAGCUACCAGGUUAUUGUGAAGAACAAGAUGUUCAGUAACGCAGGUGAGCAGACCACUUAUCUCAGCUCUCUUGCUACUUAUAACACAUGUUUUUCACAAAGACCGGAGAACAAGUUAUCACAGGAACAACUUCUCCAACACCGUACUGUGCUUGGUGAUACCGCAAAGGACUCAUUUGUUGGGUUUGAUGAAAAAUGAUGAGUCAUAUUAAUUGUUGUAUCAGCUGUCAUUUUGCUGUUUUCUCCUCCAGGCCGUCUUAAAGUCAACAUGGCCAACAUCUACGUCAAACAAAAGAACUACCCCAAAGCCAUCAAGUUCUACAGGAUGGCGCUGGAUCCGAUCUCCAACACCCACAAGGAAAUGAGGAUCAAGAUCAUGCAGAAUAUCGGCGUGGUCUUUAUCCGCAUGGGUCAGUACUUAGAUGCCAUAACAUCUUUUGAGCACAUCAUGAGUGAGAGCCCCAACAUCAAAACCGGCUUUAACCUCAUCCUGUGCUACUACGCCAUCGGGGACAAGGAGAGGAUGAAGAAGGCGUUCCAGAAGCUCAUCUCUGUUCCCCUGGGAAUUGAUGACGAGGACAAAUACAUCCCAACUAAUGUGAGUGACAAUGACACAUGUGUAUUUAUAUGUAGCUUUGUCUUCUUUUCUUGCAAAACAAAGCACAGAAACUUUACAAGAUUGUACCUGUAGAUAAAAUAAUAUAUUGUUUUAAUAAUUUGAUAUGAUUGUAUAUGUUGUGUGUAUUCUUGAUGUUGCAUUCAUUUUGAAUCCAGACUUCCAGUUGCAUUUGUCAGUUGUACAAAAAUGACAACACUGAUAAGAACAAAUCACAGCGUGUCAGAUGUUUCUACUAUACGUUUUAUUUCAUAGUUUAUGUAAUUUUUCUUUGAAGAUGAUAAAUUUCCUGAAUUCAGUGGAAUUCUGCAGCAUUAUUCUAAAAUUGUUGAAUUAUUUGCUUACACAGUCACUCACAGGCAAGUGACUGUGCUUCUUUGGAGCACCAUCUUUAUACCCAAUCAUGCGACUGACAUAGUUUGGAGUUGUUCCCCCAAGUAUUUUGAGCAUUAUGCACCAUUUUCAGAUGUCAAAUGUCAGAAUCCAAUUUAAAAGUAGUGUAUAUUUUAAGUAAAGCAAUAAAAUGUUUUGGUUUCAACAUUUAAUAUGUUGUCUUUAUGAUAAUUACAAUCUAAUACAGGGUUUAUAUGAUUUGCAAACCAUCAAAAUCUGCACCAACUUUUUAGAGUUUGAGUUGUUGGGCUUUUAUUAGUUGUCUGCCUGUCUCUUGUUUUGCAGAACACAAGAUACAGUAUAAAAAAUUGUGUUGCCUGUAAACCAUUACAGUAAUCUCCUUUUCUCCUCCUCCCUCCUCUAGGAUGACACCAGCUCAGACAUGGUUAUCGAGGCCAUAAAGAAUGACAAACUCCAUCAGAUAGAGAGAGAUUUGUAAGAGACACCCACACCCACUUACUCGCCUUGUCCUUCAUGCUUCUAACAUGCAACUUUUUUUUAAUCCAUAAAUUGCCUACAAAAACAUAGAAUAUAGGAGUCUAAACAUUGAGAUUUGUUGUAUUUCUCUCCUGAGUUUCUGUUGUUUGUUCUGCACACAGAAAAGUCCUGGCUGAAAAGUACAUCAUGACCUCAGCCAAGCUUAUUGCUCCAGCCAUUGAGACAUCCUUUGCUUCUGGAUUCGACUGGUUUGUUACUGUAGUGUUUUAUUUUCAACAUCCAAACACUAGAGGGCAGAAAAUAUACUAGAAGACUCUGUCCUGUUGAAUAAAUACAUCAUUUUAAAUGCUGUUUGCCUUGGACGUUGAAUGAUGUUAUUCAAAGUGUUUCACAGCCAUAUUUGUUGUUAUGGUUUUGUGCAGGUGUGUGGAUAUGGUGAAAGGUUCCCAGUAUGUCGAGCUCGCCAAUGAUUUGGAGAUAAAUAAAGCCAUCACCUACCUCAGACAGAAAGACUUCAACCAGGUGACUGUCUGCCUCAGCUGUGUAAAGGGAAAUACCACUCAAAAAUUUGCCACUAUAGCUGCAAUUGCAAAAAUUGGAGUGCACUGAUAAGAAGACAUGAAUAAUUGCUGGUCGCUUGCAUAAGUGACUUUUUACAGUAGACUAAUUUAUCCCUAACUAAGUCGUACAAAUACUUCAACAUUUCUGAUUGAUUUUAGAUUGAAAACAGGAAUUUGCCAUUUAACAGUCAAUGGAGAUUUGUGAAACUUCAAACUCUGUAUCUAUUCAUUCUAGUGUGGCCAACAGGAAAAGAUUUGUUUUUCUAUUUUGACAUGUUUUUUAAGUUAUUAAAGCUGAAAUACAGUCUGCUUGGUGGUGACAUUUAUAAACUGUUAGAGGGAGUGGUAUUUCCCUUUCAAUCAUAAUGUUUGUUUGAGGUUAAAAGUCUGUUUUUGUUUAUGAGUGUUUCCUCCAUUUUUUUUUACAACAUUGCGUUUCCAUGUGUUAUUUUUAUUUGCCAGAGUUUUCAUUCAUGAAUUUUUUUGUGUAUACGUCAGCUUUUCUCCUGCUGUGGCGGUUCAAGCUGUGCUCUGCAGAUCUAAAUUUCCCCUCUCAUUGCCCUCCAUUCUCUCUUGCUUUUGUCUUGUUUCCUUCCCAUCUGCAUGCUUAAGGUUGAGGUAUGUGUGCCCUUUGUUUCCAGUUCACGUUUAUUUGAUAUUGUUUUUUCCCUUUCUACUUAAGCAUGCCUUUUCCAAAUAACAGCAGUGCAGAGAAAGUUUGAGAAACAGUUGUUGGUAAUAAAACCACAGACCAGUGAGGAAAAACUAUGCAGGGAGAAAAUUAUAACCAAAGUUUCCUCUUUAAUGAUAGACCACCGAGCUUGGCCACUGGUGCUGCUCUAACACAACAGUAACACAUUGAUAGACCCUCAGCAGCUCCGGUGUUUUUCCUAGUUAGAAUUCAGUCUUCCCACACUCACAGGCGUCACAUAAAGAAAACUCCAAAGUGUUUGAUAAUUAGAUAAAUAAAAGUAAAAAUCACACAACUGUAAAUUGCGUUAAUUUAUUUUUCAAGUCUUUUAUUUUGAAAAGUAACAAGGUAAACAGAAACUCUGUGUACUGUGAAGCUAAAUAUAAUUCAAAGUUACACAAAUAAAAUCACAGUUUUCCUCUUUAGCUAACAGCUGGUAAUUAACCAGGUGGUUAAGCUGCAGCUGUCAAGCAUGCAUCCCAAGACGUUUUUUUUUUAUUGUCAAACUAUAAAAAUUAUAUAUAUGUUGUAAGAUGAAAAUUCUAAACUACCAUCAAAACAUUUCAUAUUUUCCUCCAAACCAUUUAUUUAUCUAAUAUCAAACAUUCUGGAGUUUCACCAAAAUCUGAUGCAUGCUUGUCGGGUUUUUAUACUCUACUUUUAGACAUUGGUGGUGGUGUAGCCUAGCUUGGGGUGGACCAGAAGGCUAACUGUGACACAAAAAUGUUGAAAAAUUUUCACAGUGUGUAACAAGCUUACAUAACAAACAUAAUAACAAACUAUAAGUAUAAUUUCAGUGAAAAUGAUGUCUGAUAGGAAACCAAUCUCACUAGUUUAUAUCUUACAGUCGUCUUCAUCUUCAGAUUCUUUAAAUUCAAAGAUGAGGAUUCAGUUUAAUACUGUGUUUGUUGUAGAGCCAAAAUAGCUGGAUGUAAAUUGUUCCAAACACUAGAAUGGUCAUAACACAAAGUGGUUUUAUUUGGCAAAUAUAUAGUUAUAGUAGAAUGAGGUUUUAAGUUUGUAAGUGUGCUACAUACUGGUGGGGAUGGCUCAGGUGAUGCAGUUACAGCAGCAGUUUACUUUUUACCCUGAUGACUUCUUAUUUCUACUUUAAGGCUGUGGAGACACUAAAGACGUUUGAAAAGAAAGACAGCAGAGUGAAGAGUGCUGCAGCCACCAACCUCUCUUUCCUCUACUUUUUGGUAAGUUCCCCUCAAAUAUUAAAAAAGACUCUUGGAAAACACAUAAAUAAGUACCUGAACCAUACUGAAUAUUUUUUAACUCCAAGUGAAACAAGAUGUUGGGUGUCAACUGCAGCAUACUUGAAAAUAAAACUGUAAGACAAGUGUUACCAGCCUAUUACUCGACACUACCUUUCCUCUGGUCUUUCCUGUGUAACAGGAGAAAGACUAUGAGCAAGCUGAUCGAUAUGCUGACCUCGCCAUGAACGCUGAUCGCUACAAUCCUGCAGCACUUAUCAAUAAAGGCAACACAGUUUUCACCAAGCAAGACCAUGAGAAAGCUGCAGAGUUCUACAAAGAAGCUCUGAGGAACGACUCCUCCUGCACUGAAGCUCUCUACAACCUCGGUAACAUUUAUUCCAAAGACAUUGAAUUUUCCUUAAUUGAUAGUGAUAUUGAGAUACACAAAUUUUCUAUUGCAAUCAUGACUACAACAAAAUGCUAGAUUAAAUUAAAAAGUUCAAAACUCAAGUAAAACAAGUCCAGACCAAGGUGAAUUAAUUUGAGACGAAUCAUUGUUUGUACCAAAUUAUUUGUACCAAAUCUGUUUUUUCAUCACUUAUUGCGCAAGUGAUUCUGGAAUAUUUUCAGAAACAUUGGAAUAAAUUUGUUUUAAUAACCCUAGAAAUCAUCUUAACUAAUGCAGAUCAGAUACUAAGCAUAAAGGGAUAAUGAACAUUUUUUCUGUUGUCCAUUUGUAUCAGGUCUGACUUAUAAGAGACUGAAUCGUCUGGAGGAAGCACUGGACUGCUUUCAUAAGCUUCAUGCUAUAUUGAGGAACAGCGCCCAGGUCAUGUACCAACUGGCAAACCUGUAUCCUACAAGUGUAACUUUUUUUUCUGUAGCCAUUUUUACACUUAAAGUUAGCAUGUGUCUUGGGUUUUGUGGAAAUUAACUGAAAUCAGAUCACCUGGAUCACUUUCAGAGAUGUUCUGGGACUACAUUUUUAGUAGUGCGUACACAAAUCUUUGAGUUUUCCUCUCGUGAACAUCUUCUUUUCCUUGACUUAUUGACUCCAGCUAUGAGCUUCUGGAAGAUUCCCAGCAGGCUAUUGAGUGGUUAAUGCAGGUCAUCAGUGUAACCCCAACAGACCCCCAGGCACUGGCCAAACUAGGAGAGCUGCAUGACAGUGAGGGGGACAAAUCCCAGGCUUUCCAGUAUUACUAUGAGGUACAAGACACAUUCAUGAAUGUUUUCAUUUCACAUCUCAGCUCUGAUUAUCUGCAAACGCUCUGAUUUUGAGUUCUAUCGCUGUUCAGUCCUUCAGGUACUUCCCCUCCAACAUCGAUGUGAUUGAGUGGCUCGGCGCUUACUACAUCGAGACGCAGUUCUGUGAGAAAGCCAUUCAGUACUUUGAAAGAGCCACACUCAUUCAGUAAGUGCUCAUAACACUGAAGAAGGAAAACAUCAAAAGUGAAUGAAACUGAUUAUAGUUUCAUCGCUCAUAUCCAGCCCAAUGCCAAAAAAAUAUUAUUUUUUGGUGGAGUCAGGUCCCAAGAGUUGUUGUAUCAUCCUGAGGAAUAUUUGUGCCAUGAUGUCUGCAUGUCUCCUGCACUUUUCUGACAUGAUUUAGUGAUUUAUUUCAUCUUGACUUGAUUCUUGUCUUAGUCUCCGUUUCAUCAAAAAGCUUUUACUCAUCUGGAAGUUAUUUUUCUAUUGAAGAAACAGGACAGAUGACUUGAUUUUGUAAGCCUUCCAGCUGAAUUCAAAGUCGUGUUUGUCACCAGUUUCUGUCAUAUGACGGUAAAUUCAUCUUCAGGUCUGAGCUGAACCCCACCCUCUGCACCUCCUGGAAAAUUGCAUGGUCGGCUUUAACGCUCAGUUUCUUAUGUCUUCCUCAGGCCAACUCAGGUGAAGUGGCAGCUCAUGGUGGCAAGCUGCUACAGGAGAAGUGGUAAGAGUUAGUUUGGUAGAAUUAGUCAGAACUAUUCAUCUUUCUUUACUAGUUCAACAUUAACUCAGUGAAAUCCAGAGCAUAGAGAGGGUUAGAAAUUAUCCACUGAAAUUCAAAAGCUUUACUACUUAGUCCCCUUUUUUUUAGGCAACUUUAAAUUCCAAAUUUCCAAACUAGUCUUUCUGGAAACACUGUAGUUUUGAGCUUUAUCAUAAAUUUUAAUAGUUAAGUAGAAAUAUUAAGGAGGUUGUGAUUUUCAUAGUUUUGCUGAUGCUGACUUGGUUUUGUAUUUGGCUUGUAAUGUUAUUUUACACUGGCUUUUUAAUAAUAUAAUUCUGGUUGACUUUAGCGUCAUUUGUGGACCCCAUGAGAGCAGUUGAUACCUUGGUAAUGGCCAACAACUGUAAAAGCAACUUGAUUUAUAUUGCAGCUCUAAAAAGAGAUGCUGGCAAAGUGCUUUGGCGGACAAUUCAAAAGCAGGACAGCAGGAGGACAACAUAAUGAAAACUCAACAGUCAGGCCAAACAGAAAGUAGUCUGGAAAAAUCUAUAAAUACAGUAAUAAAAUGUGGUGCAAAAGGUCCACUAGAGUUAAUGUAAAUUUAAAGAAUAAAAAGUUUAAUUUAUAAAUCCCAGAUUGGUCUUUUAUUUCUCUGUUUCUCUGUGGUGUUGCAAAUAAAGCUGCUGUAAUACAUUAAAAAAUAAAACCUGAUUUAACAGUUUGUCAUCAUUAAGAUAAUAUCAACUCCCUGCAAGCAGCAUUACUUACUUAUUUAUUUGAUGUAGAUUUAUUCAGUGUCAGAACCAUUAACCCGCUUGGAUCCUUUUCUUUCUCAUCACAGGAAACUACCAGAAAGCUCUGGAAACGUAUAAAGACAUUCACCGCAAGUUUCCUGAAAAUGUGGAAUGUAACUCAUCCUGUUUGUUACACUAUUUUCAUUUUCAGAAGAACUGUCUUUCAAUGAGUUUAAAUGAAAGAUCAGAGUGUAAAAAACAUUAUGUGUACUUCAUCUUUUUCUUAGGCCUGCGUUUCUUGGUGAGACUCUGCACAGACAUGGGACUAAAGGAAGUCCAAGAAUACGCCGACAAACUGAAGAAAGCAGAAAAGAUGAAGGUGAACAAAGAACAGGUGCGUCUCUCUGCACUUCAUCACUUUCACAGUUUGCUUGUCUGUAGUGUUAAACAAACCUCUGUUCGGAUGUUCUCAAUCAGCUUCUACUUCAACCUGGAAGUUAUUCACCUUGUAGACAGUUAAUAAAACCCUUCAACAGCUGCCGUCACUCACUCUGACAGCUCUUUCUUGGAAAAAUUACAACAGAUGGAAAACUAUGGAUUCUACAUCUGCAGAUUGUCUGGAACCAAAAAACAGAAUAGCAGCUGUUUUAUGAGCAGAAUUUGUGAUAACUAAAAGAACUAAACAAACACAGAAAACCACAAAAACGCAGGAACAAAGCUGCAGUUUCAUCAUCAGAAAAUGAAAUGAUGAAAAUGUCACAGUUCUUAGAUGACAGUGGAUGUAUUUGUAUUGAUCUGCAGAAAACUAAAAGCACAAAUUCAUAUUUUAGGUGAAGGCAAAAGGAUUCCAACUGAUAAAACUAUAAAAAUUAUGAGGUUUGAAACUCCCCAAAUAUUUUUGCUUCAUUUUUUCUGCGUCAUACCUCCCUAUGAGCGGCCUUGUUUAUAGAUAUAACAUUAAAAUAGAGUAAAUCCUUUGAUUUAAAGCCUCCGAACUGACCUCCUUGUUUUCCAGUCAUAUAACACAGACUUUUGUGAGCUUUCAUCCAUCAUCUUUUCCUCACUGAUGAUUUGGCAUGCUGUCAUAUCAUCUGUUUCUGCACACAAACACUCUGAUUGAAAACAUAUGCAUCGUCCAUCACUGUUUAAUUGGGUCAGUGGUCACCGCAGCUCCAGAGAUACAUUAAAAAAUAUACAGUUUUUCUCCUCUUUUUGUUUUUAUGAAUUAAGCUGUUUUUAGAGGAACGUGGAGCCUAAACAUCUGCGUAACACUUGUGCUGGCUCAGUAAAAGCAGCUUGUAGAGUUAUUUAAAGCUCUGAUAUCACGUAGGGUUGAGUUUGGCUAUUCCUAUGAGAUGUGUGGAUAGAUUUGAUAAACCGUCGCUGAUUUCAUUUUAAAUCAUUAGGGGUAAGUGGUAGAUUAUCUGUAUUUUAUCAGUUUUAAAAGAUCUCUAUCUGAUUUAUUUGGACAAGACUAUCAAUUUAAGAAUCCUGAUUAACUAUUUAAUGAUUAAUUGUGAUUAAUCGCAUUUUUAAUCAUAUGUUCAAUACUGUAAUUUUUUCCACAAUAACAAUAUAAAACAGUUUUCAGGGUCAUUAUUUAGGAAUCAAAUUAUCUUGCUUGACCUCUUGUCCUUCACAAUGUUAAUCUGCCUGCAAGCUGCAGUCACUCAUGUAGGUAUGGCUGUUGAAGGUUGUUUGCUUGUAGACUUGACAAGUGAGUUCUGCCUAUUGGCGAACUUCUGUAUGAACUGUGUGCUCGGCCAGUAAGUGGUUGUCUGUUUCAAUGUACUCUGGUGGAAAUUCAAAUUGAAUCAGAAUUUGUUGUGCAAAAGACCCGACUUCUUUGACAAUCAAGCCGUAUUUUUUCAUGUCAAUUGUCUGCUUAUUUAAGAAUCUUCAAAUUUGUAAUGUACCCCUUUAUCCUUUCUCUUGUUUUUCUCUCCACUUAGCUCCACAUAAAUGCCAGGAAAGAAAAUCAUCCCAAAUACCCCCAAAAUCACCCCAAAGCCCAACAUACCACAUAAUUAAUGUAGCGUUUCAUUGCAUCCCUGUCUCGACUGAUGUGGUAACCCACAGUGCUUCACAUCCCUAAUAGUGAUCCGUAAACUGGCUCUUCUCAGGGCUCUGUUAAGUUUUAAAGAAAGAGGGAGUUUCAGAAUAACAGAGUCGUGUGCCAUGGUCUCUGGGAGAUAUUUAUCAUAGCCUUGAACAGAUGAGCAGAAUGACUUUGUUAAAUCACAAGCAGCUGCACUUCAAUCAGCUCAGAGAGGCUGCAGAGAAACAAUCCUGCAGAUAGAUAGACAUGCAGGGUCAGAGAAGGACUCUGAAGUCUCCAAAGUCUGCAGGCUGAGUGACAGCAAAACAAUAACCACGAAAAUUAGAUUACCGCUGUUUCAUUUUCAAUAUUCAAUAUUGCUGCAAGUGUUCAUUGUAGUGCUGUGUUUGCAGUCAAAUCUUCUUGUUAUAGAAACAUAGAUGCUUUUUUCCUGUUUUGUUUAUAUGUACGUAUCUUUUUAUUAGAUCUUUCUGCUUCACUUUUUGUUUGUUCCUGUUUGUGUCUGAGUUGUUUUCAUGCUGAUUAAACUGACCCAAUUUAGGGGACACAGAGCAAGAGGUGAACUAGGAAAGAGGCAAUACCUCAUGUAGAUCCAAUCAUCGACCAGAACAUAGUUACUGCUCUUUUGUUUAGACUGCAUUUUCCUUUCCUUUAUUGCCUGCAGUUGUAAUCUAAGUUUUUAUAUCCCUACUCCCUCUUUCUGUCUUUCUUCCUGCAGAGGGUGAAGUCAGGACGAGAGGGCAGCGCCAGAGGUCGAAAAGAAGGCAGGGAAGGCAGCGCUGGGAGUGCUGGUGAGUCAGAAGUCCCAACAACAGAAAAUGUUCCUACUGUGAGGUUGUCUAAUUCAUGCAGCUUGUACCUUUUAUUGUAGACAUAUGAUAUUCAAGGAUACCCACCAAGAUACCAACUCCACUUUUUCAUUCAAAUUCGAAGCACGUUAAAAUGUUGACUUGAUUAAACUCAAAACUUGGUGGAAACUUUUCCCAUAACAUUUUUUUUCAUUUUGUAAAGGAUAUUGUAUACCCACAGUCCCAACCCCAGCAUUUGUCAUCAUGUAUUUGAGGCAUGAGAAGGGCAGUGUUUAACCUCAGCAGCUCUUAACAAAUCAUAGCUCAGACUUUCGAAGAUCGAAGCACUCGCUUCGAUUCAGUCGCUUGAUUUAUGAUUCCUUUUGUUUGUCUGAACUCAAAAGUUUUGUGCUCAAGAGUUCAUGAAAAAAAAGAAAAUAUCAGUUUAUAAAAUAUUUGAUGUUUUAGGGAAGAAAUGCGUUUCUCAGUGACGACAUGGUGAUAAUGUACUUGUAUGUACGUAUCAGUAUAAAUUAAAGGGAUAGCUCAUUUUUUAGUUUGUCAAAAAUAGCUAAUAUGUGUGGUAGAGCUGGUCCCGUUUCAUUGGUAGUUCUGUUUCUGUUCUCUGACUGCAGUCUUAACAACCAGGUUCUCAUACAACCCCAGUUCCAGAAAAAGCUUUUUUUUUUUAGAUUUGAUUUACAGCUGGAAGAAAUCAAAGAAACAUAGAUGCUUUUUUUCCUGUUUAUGCAGUCACAACACAGAUUCAGAUCAAACUCCAACAACUAAUUUAUCUUUUUCCUACGUGCCUCCCUGCACCUCUGCAACAUCAACACAUGGAAACAAAUAUUGUAACAUUUGAGCAGCAUAGUUUUUGCUUAUAAAUGAGAGCAGGUUCCAGUUAAAGAAUUUAUUUUCCUCAUCAAAAGUCAUAAAAAAGUUUGUCCCCUGAGCUUAAAAUAGUUGUUAAUGUUUGUAAGAGAUACUACUGUACCAUGUCCUCCAAUCAGAGUGAUUUUACUUCCUGGAUCAUGUUUGUCAACUCCUCCCUCUCCCCUUUAUUUUCACACAUGCUGCUGGGCAGCAGGUGUCUCCACACCUGUCCUCACCUCCCCCAUGAAGGCCGGCAUUAUGGGUAUAUCUCACACAACACUGAGUCAUGACCUGUAGCAAGUCACAUUAUUUUAAAGGCCACACAAAGUCAGUGGAAAGAGAUUCAGAUGAGCUGCUGUAAACCCUUAAUAAUCCCGAAUAGGUCACGAACGUUUCAAACACUUUCCCGGGUCGUAAAAAUGAUCCUUCUCUGUUUCAUUCAAUUCCUGAAUCCAAUCCGGGAAAAUCAUGGUUAAUUUUGAAUCAUAACAUAGCCUUAGCUUUUCAGCAUAAGACUGUAAGACACACUAAUAGCAUAAAGCCUCUGCAGACGCACAAGAGGAUAAACUUCCACAUUUAGAGCUCUCCUUCGCUACAGAUCCACAACAAAUACAGACACUUUCUCCAGACUGGCUCCCACUCUGGAAAGCUGGCUCCUGGGUAGAAUUUAAACUCAAUCCAGACAAACCAGAGAGAUGCCAGAAAGUGUAACGAGACCCAGCUUUGCUCUCUCUUACAGCUGAAUGUGUCUCCUGUAGCGUGGUUAAAGACAUAUACAUAAAGCACCUGUUAAUGGGACUGCUGCUCCACUCUGCCAAGACUUCCAUUAUUGUCCUUUAACCUGAUAAAUCAGAUUAGAUGAACCCAAACCCAUCUGUUUUAGUUUGUUUCGACCUGCUAGAGCUGUAACUGAGUAGAUUUGCAUCAGGUUUGAUCCUUUAUAUGCUUGACUAUUGGUUCUGACAAAACCCAAAUCCUUUUGUAACUUUUUCCCUGCAUGUCAGAGGCGGAUGUUAAAACAGGUGAGACAGCAAAGUUGCCCAAAAGUUUUCUUUUUCUCCUAAAACUUUGACUUUCUCCUCCUGUUGUUUGUUUUAGUCGAACUCUGAACUAUUUCUUUCUUUUGCAUUCUGCUGGUCUGUUUUUGUGGCUCCUCUGAGUUCAUUUUUCCUCUCUCUUUCUGCUCCUUUUAUGCUGCCCAGUCCCUCAAAAUGAAUCAAAACAACUCAGUCCACAGUUGGACUCAGGGAGAGGUAUGUAAGGUCCUUUAUUCCAGGUUAAAAUAUUCACACAUGUAGGUUAGAGAAUAGAAUAGAAUAGAAUAGAGGUAACUAAUGUUUUUGCCACACAAGAUGAGAUGUGCCUAACUUCUUUCUCCGAAUUCACUUUAUUUAAGAGGUCGUCCUUUGAAAAAGUUUGUUCCUCUUGGCAACAUUUUGGUAUCAGAAUAUAACAGACUGUUGCUAGGGAGUACUGACCAAUCAGAAACAAGUAUUUCACACAGGCAUGUACAGUUGUUGCACCAGGUAUGUCAAGCCUAGUGCAUCUUGCCAUCAUGGCCAUCAUGUGCAACAGAAAAGUUUUCCAGUCUCUUACAGUCAAACAUAAACAAAACAAUUAACAAUGUACAGCUGUGAGAUUUCACUAAUUGAGUAAUAAAGAAACAAACAGUAGAAAGACGAGACAUGGCACUCAGUAAGCGUACUUUAGUUGGUCAGUUUCACCCUUGAAGCAUUUUUUCUAAAAAGCAAAACCAAAUGUUCAAUAUUGGCAUUUCAAUUUUUGUACAAACUGUGCAGUGCUCUUCUUAUUUACAUUAUGUGAAACUUUUUACUGAGAUUAAAUUGUUUAAUACAAUCCAAAGAAGGGCAUUUUUUGACAUCCCAUGUCACAAGAUAUAUAAGAUAGAUCUACAGUUAAAGCAACUUUAAAUUACUGCCCUCUAAUGGAGAAUACUAUUGUUUUAUUUUACUCACAACAAUCUCUGAUGUGUCUAAUAAUUAGGUAUUAAUGAAGCUAUUAAUUGAUUAUCUACGUCUCUUUAUCAUUUGACUUCUUUUUAAAAGUUAUUUUAGCUGUUAAAGGAGUUCUUUAAAGUUUACAGAAAUACAGCUGAAUCCAUUUGGGUUUUAUCUUCUGUAACAGUUUGAAACAGAUUCAUACUUUAUAACAGUGUCUUCUUCAGCUGUGUGUUAGGUCUCAUAUUUAUGCAAAUGUUUUUACUACCUCAUACCUUCAAUGGGAAGUUUGCAUGGCAUACCGAGAACAGAAGAGAACAGUCAAUAAAAUAGACUUCAUGCUAGACUUCACUUCAGACGCCCAAGGAAAAAGACCUGCGUGGGUCACACCCACAAAAAAAGGUCCAGAAAUCGUCUGACAGGCGGCUGUGAUGUUGGACUGUGGUUGGAUCGGUGUUUGCACAGAGAGUUCUCACCAUGGAGGAAGACGUAGUCGCCCCAAACUGUGUCAGAUGUUUGUAAAGCUCUCUUGUGCUUUGGAGUUUUCCCUCUUUUCUGCAAAGUCUGCGGAUUUUUCAACACUGUAAACUGAGUGUUAGUGUGGUGAGAGGAAGAAAUGCAUGCAAGAAAAACUUGCAAAACAAGCGAGAGUUGGGAAAAUGAGCGUCUGCUGUCAUUUUACUAAGGAUUAGUCUUUAACAUUUUAAGUGCUUUAUUUUGUUUUCUCUUUCUUGAGUGAGAAAAAUAAGUUGCAAGACUCUUUUCUGUUGAUCAAUUUCAAAUCCUUGCAGAUAUAAGUUAUGUUGCGAAGAAUUAUGACACUUAAUAAUUGUAUUUUCAAGAGUGGAAACUGUUACACAAGAUUUGAUUUCAAUCUGGCUUCCAACCUGUUGCAUCGUCCCUCUUUUCCAAGUCUUGCAGUUGUGUUGUAAAAAAGGAAUGCAUCUGAGACUAUCCAAGAACAGAGAAGGAAACAGAGGAAAAAAACAUUUCCCAGCACAGGUUUCGGUUUGCCAGCAGUUUGUGAGGCCUCGAGUGAGACGUCUCAGACAGUGAGGAAAGGUAGAAUAUCAAACUCUCCUGUUUUCCACUCGCCCUGUUUCCAAAGCUACCUGGCAGCCAGAUGUUGCUGUAAUCAUGUCUGUCCUUCAGCUCUUUACACUACUCUGUCAGCUCAUCAGUGGAGCUUGAACACACACACACACACACACACACACACAUUUUUCCCAACUUACAUAUGUAUAAGUCUUGUUUAGAGUCCCAGCUCUGCGUCUGAAAUGAUUAGAGCCUGAGGUGACGGUGUUAUUCAGCUGCUCCUGUGGGAUGCUUCACAGGUUUUCAUGUGAGCUGUGAUGGAUGGUCCCUUGUAAGAGCUCAGCGUGUGAAGAAGUGCUUUAUAAACUAACACCUACAUUCAGAGGUCUACAAAUGGUUUCAUAUACCAAGCUGAAAUUUGUCUUUAGUCUCUCCGAAAACCUACUUUUAUCAACUCGCCUUUCCUAGUUUUUCUUAAAUUUUACUUUCAUAAACUUUUCUAAAUAUUAAACAACAUUUGCUUCUUUUCUUUUGUCCUAUUGUAUUGUAACUUCUUUUGUAAAUUACAGGUUCUUAAUGUUUGGAAAAAUGCUCAUUCAAAUAGAUCAGUCUCUGGCUUAUCAGGAGCAUGUUUCUCGUCAUAAUUAUUGAUAAAUCUCCAGCUCAAACAAGUCCAAAUAAAACAUGAAUAUCUCAUCAUGGGAAAUUUAGGGACUAAACUGUGUCUUUUCAGUAAAUAUCCAACUGAGUGUUGUGUGUGGGGGCUGCUGUCUUCACACAUGCAGACAGUUCAUAAGUUGCUGUCUCUGUGAGAUGAAAAUCUCACGUCUCCACCGUGUUGACUUUCCACAGUGCAAGAAAAAUGAAUCACUUUCAGUUUGACCUGUGAGCUCUAUGAAGUCGGUUCACUUCAGUAGAAAAAGAAGCCUCUUGUCAGUAAAAUGCCUUACAUCAUAUCUGAAAUAUCUACUUAAUAUCACCUGUAUCAAACAUUAUAUCAGUCGAUCAGUCAUCAAUCUAUUGAUAUAUAAAUAAACACAUUACAAACAAUAUUUAAGAGAGCAGACAGCACAGUGGCCUUCAAUGUACUUCUGAUAUAGGGUGGGAAAGCAGGCAGGUCUAAAGCAGAAGGACUUCUGCAGCAGCGAUCCAGGAGAACCUACAGGAUGAGGGAGUUCAGGGACUCCCAGAGAGGACUAUGGUCGGUCAGAAAUGCACAUGAACAUACAGCGUAAGAAGUGGUGCUAUUAGCUGUUAUCUUAUGAACUGUGAUUUUAUCCGGGCCUGGAAUAUUCCCACCAGUUUUCAAUUUCAGAUUUUGGUUAAAAAAGAGAAAGAAUCAGCUCUGGAGGGACUGCUUUGGCUCAAUGGUUAAAGUACAGGCUCUGUUUAAAACAGGCUGCAGUGCUGUUUGCUGGUCCAACUUCUGGCCACUACCCUUUGCUACACAUCAUCCUUCGAUCACGUCAUGUCUCUUUCAUGUGUCCUGUUACAUAAAGGCAAAAAUACCUUUGAAGAAAUAAAAAGAAUUCACUUUAAAAGACCUACAUAUUGAAAGUCUUGGUGUUGCCUCUAUAUUUACAUUCAAACACAUGCAGGCUACUCUGACUUUAAAGCUACUGAGAAGAACUUUUGUAUUGUGUUGAGUUUGGCGCACCCUGUGGAUGCUGACGGUCAUGUUUGUUAAACUCAUUGAGUGACAGGGUAUUUACGCCUGUUUUUAACAAACCCUGAUGAGGUUAAAAGAUGUAUAUUGAUUGGCACAGUAUGAGACAAAUUCUUGAGUUCAUGUUUGUGUCUGCCUUUGUGUGUGUUACAGACAGCACCCACAGCAGCAGCAGCACUAAAGGAGACCGUCUGAGCGCCAAGAUGAGGUCACUUCCUGGUUCGAAUGAGCCCUACGAGGCCAGCAGCCCCAAAGAAAUAGGUGAGGAGUGAGGAAACCCAAAAAAGGAGCCUUAGAAAGUCUCUUUUUUUUUGGACUCUCUGGGUUCUUAUGAUUUAUUGACACCCAAACUGUUAACUUUAUACAUCAACAGGCCUAUAAAUGAACAGAGUACCAAUCAGCAUCAUGUGCAGCACCACAGACAGAAGCUUUUUAACCCUGUGAGGACUCCAGCUGUGGAGUCCUGCUUGAAAAAUUCCUCUAGAAACUUAUCAGAUCAGUCUUCAUUGGAAAAAAAAACUGAACUCUGAGCAUUUUAUGACCUCUGUUCUCCUCGUAUAGAUGCUUCUUACGUGGACCCUCUGGGGCCUCAGAUGGAGAGACCAAAGACAGGAGCCAAGAAGCGCAUGGAGGACGACGACUUUGCAGAUGAAGAGCUGGGAGAUGACCUGCUGCCGGAGUAG